CGAUUUUUUCUUUCUAGACUUUUCAUUUUAAACUUUUAAGUCAAGUCAGACACAUUAAAUUUUAGUUUCGGCAAAAAAUUGAAAAUUUUCCAUUUAGCCCAUCUUUUAAGAUUUUAGCGAUAUGGCCAAGUACUGUGAGGCUCUCUCCCAUCUGUCGCUCAUCGGCGCGUGUUGCUAUGGAAUCUACGCACUGACACCGGCUGAACACCCGUAUGGAUAUACGGCAGCCGCAUUCUGUUUUGUCCAUGGACUGCUGUCGCUCGUGCGUUCCCUGGGGGAGGAUGAGGAGUGCGGUCCUGCGCGCUCCUUUUCUGUGUCGACGGGCAUUGUGGAUGUUAUACCUCUUCCGCUGGCCAAUAUUGAAUUCUACUUGCAAUCCUCCCAAUCAGGCAUGGCCUUGGUGCACGCCCUGUCUCUUAUAUUGCUGCUCUAUGAUAUGAUGGGCAGCUUGGGCGAUGACUGGGAUCGUGCCACGGAGACGGUUAAGGAUCUAUCGCUGCUGGGCAAUGUUGCAUCCGGCGCAUAUCUGGGCGUACAGGAAGAGAACUAUUAUCACGUAGGCGUGGCAGCAUCCGCUGGCAUUGCCCGUUACGGCUCCUCGCUGGUCAGCACAAUCGUGCCGGCCGCGGGUCCCCAUGUGAAUACAUUGAGCAAGGCAGCAAUUAUAGGGCUAAUGACGUACUCCCUGACCAACAAAUGAUUUCAAUUUUUAAUAUCCAUACAUAACAUGUGCAAAUAUCAUCAGAUGAUUAAAUGGCUAUAAUUUUAGAUACAAAAAAAUA